AUGGGUGUCCUAAAACUUAAAAGUGACAAGAAGAAGAGGGAAAAGGAGAAGGAAACCAAAAUAGAUUAUGCAAAAUGUUUAAAAAGGACAAAAAUUAAGGAGCAAAUAAUUAGGAAAGAUUCCGAAAGCGAAUUCGAUCUGUCCAUAUUCGCCAAAACAGAUCAUGCAUCGAAUAAAAUACGACAGCUGAAUUAUGCCAAGCUAGUUAAAGCCAUAAGAAAAAACAAAAAUUUAAUUGCAAAUCAUGUGCAGAAAAUUUUGGAAAUUUACGGAAAGGGUAUUAUAGAUGACGAUGAAAAUGUGCGUAAUUAUUCUUCCAAAAUAUUUUACCAUUUGGUGAAUAGCCAUAUCGAUUUUGACGUCUUCCAUGGGAAGAUAAAAACUUGCUUGUUUCAUUCGCUGAAGAUGGGAAGGGUUUCUUUGAAGGUGUUAAACCUGGAGCUGUGUCAUAGCUUUUUCUUUACGAAGAUUCACUACUGCCAUAAGUUUUUCUAUGAAUUUUUGAGCAACAUUUUGGGAUGCUUCGUUUCUCUGCCGAUAGAGAAGCAGGUCACAACGGUGAAAUACUUCUUCCUGUUGUUCAAGCAUAAAGGGAGAUUCAAACGGGGGGGAAGUAAAUUCCCCAGUGGGGUGAAGCAGCAAGGAAGAGAUGCUUCCAUGGAGGAGACACACAAUGACAUAGCAGAGGAGGAGGGUCCUCCCCAUGGACAGGUCCCAGAUGACCAAUCAACGGGACACCCGGACAACUGCUACGAAUUCAUAACCCGCACGAACAAGCGAAACAGCUGCAACGACCCCUUCCUGCUGAAGAAGGAGAAAAAGACGAAAAUCCAGGUGGGAACAAAAAUGGAGAUUUUCACAAAACUACUGCAAUGUCUGCACAACUUUAUGGAUGAAGUGGUAUACAAUUCGAUGAGCGUAGAUUUGAUUCACCUGUACACGCAAAUUUUAAAAGUAAUAACUUUUAUGAUAAAGAAGAAAAAAAAAACAAUUUUGAAACAAGAAAUGAUGAUCCUAGUUAACAAUUUUUUAAACAGAGCAAUGGGGGUGAUUAACGAGCAUGCAGCUGAGUUAAGUAGCUCCAAAAAAGUGUUAAAAAUGAUUUUCUACUUUGUCCUAUUAGUUUUAUCACUGUGUGGGAAAGAGGCGAACCACUUUGAGGACGCCAAUAGGAAGGUUCCAAUGAACUACGUAGGGUUAGUAAAGUAUUGCCUCUCCAUUUACUUUUACGCCUUACUACGAUGUGACUUUUUUACCGUAGAAAAUGUUGAUCAGCAGAGAAGUGGAGAUACCCCAGAGGGGGAUGUAAAAAGGGGAGAUUCCUUUCAUCACAGUGAAGGGGAAGGUCACACGGAGGUAAACACCCAUGUGGUCAACAAAUUCUCCGAUGGGAAGAGGAAGAAGGGGACACACAAAAAGGUGGAAAAGUACGCAAUGAAGUACUUUCACCUGUUAGUCUGCCUGUACGAAAUGUUUAUUCACCGAAAGGAUAAAAAAUCGCUGUUGCAGGAUGGAGCAUCCCGUGAGGGAAAAACAAGCGGGAAGAACACCGACCAGAAGGACAAAAGCAACAACAGUAAUAUUGCUUAUAGCCAUGCCGAAAGGAUAAUUAAAUUGGUGGAAAAAAAAGUACAAACAUAUGAGGAUCGUGGAGAGAUCAGAGUUCUAUGUGGACUCGUCUUAAAAUAUUUGAGCAACUUUUCGCAAAGUAGUAUCGACCAGAUGGAUCACUUUUGCUACUUUGUAAUUAUCAUCGCGCAGCAGGCAAAUGGGGGGGUGAAUCAAACAGAUUAUGUGGGAGCACCUGUGGGGGGAAGACCCUCCACUACACAACAUCAAAAUACACAACGGAGUAACAACCAGUGGAGGAGUACUGAUCAUUCGGAUGAGGGAGGAUCCCAAAACAGGAUGUCAUCAUUUGCAUUCUUAACCACCCCAUUCGUGAUGGUACUUUUAGCAGACUGUGAGUGCUUCAUAAAUAAUAACUUUUUCGACACGUUUUUCGAAACGUUUAAUGAUGAGGAAAGGAUUAGAACAAUGGAAGCGAUUUCGUUUGUGCAGAAUGGAGGAAGUACAAUCAACAUAGUUACGAGACAGACUUUUGAUUGUUUUGUUGGGAAAUUAUUUCCCAUUUUGUACAGGUGUGAUAGCGCCCUUUUUGUGAAUAACUGCCUUUUUUUCCUUUCCUUCUUAAGUGUAAAUAAGCGCAAGGUGAAGAAGGCGUACGUCGAUUUUAACCAUUGCAUUGGCACCAGGCUGGAAAUGGAAGAGCUGCUUCGCCUCGAUGUAAGGAGCCACUUGGAUGACGUGAUGAAGGAUAAGGGAGAGAUACUGAUUGAUCACUUUUUAGGAAAAAAUAGACACGUCAUCCAGUCCUUUGAGAUAAUUUCUAACCUGUAUUUUGUGUUCCAAAAUAGGAAUAGAAAGUUACUCCUUUUUAUUUAUUUUUUGAUUUUAAAAUUUGAGGAGGGGAGGAGUAGCACGCGCUUCGCCCUGGGGGAGGAGGAAGCCAUGGUUCUUCUGGACCGGGUUUUUCGCACCCCCCUUUGGAAUGACUACACGUGCGUAGCAAACAUUCAUGGUGGGGGGUUCCCUCUGGUUGGUCUAUCCCCUGAGAAGGGUCUCCAGGGAGAUGGGGAGGUCAGUCCAGAUGGGGGGACUCCUCUCCUUUUAUGCGAAGAAAAGUGCACAUUUAGGAUAAACAAGGAUUAUCUAUACAGGGAAGAUUUUUUACUUUUUUUUCUCAAGAUGAGCCUAUCCGAGUGGAAUUUUAUUGUCCGAAAUGACAUAUACACGGUUCUGCAUGUGAACUGUUCAGACGGAGAUGGACACACAACAACGGAUGGGCACUUCUCAGGUGGAGAGAAAUAUGCCAACCUCAUUUUUAUUAUAAAACGAAUGGCAUUCAUCAUUUCGAAUGUUAACAUAUGGAUGGAGAGGAAGGGGAAGAAUUUGAAUAACUCCCUUUUCAUAAUGGACUACUUAUUUGGGGUAAUGGAGCGAGUGGGUUUGACUAGUCUCCCAAUGGGAGGGAAUCCAAACGGUUGUGAUAGAUUGUUUGUACUGGUUAAAGUGGCUUUUCUGUUUUAUUUCGCAUCUUUUAAUUUGUUCCCCUGCUUGUUGUUUAAGAGGAGGGGAAGUUUCCAACCGGAGGGAGGAGCAAUCGACAACGGGAAGGAUCGCAUGGGAAGAGAAGUUACUGACGUUUUGGCGGUUGCCAAGGAAGACGAAUCGGAUUUACAAGCUGAUGAAGCGGUUGGAAAGGAGCAUAUCUACUACCACCACAACGCAGGUGUGACGGUUGACGUGUCUACUUUUGUAACAUUCGUGAAGGAGGCCCUUUCCAAAAAUGGCAACAAAGAAGAAGAAUCCCAAUUGGAUAAGUUCGCAUAUGUAAUGCCGCACUGCCAAAUGGCCUGUAGAUUUUUUGACGUCCUAUUUGAGCAGGGUAUUAUAUACACAUGCAGUGUGAAUGAGGACCUUCAACAAAUGGAAAGUAUGAACUUGGAAUAUAAUCUGAGCACCCACAUAGAAUUUCAAAAAAUGCUCACCAAAAUUGAGAGCAGCAUAACCAUCGUUAGUUUGAGCAGCAUAGUAGAUCUACCCGUAAGGGGUAUCAUCAAAUUGUUGACAAUUACCAUUUUUAAAAUGUCACUUAACAGAAACAUUUUGUAUGCUCGGUUGGUUAACAAUUCGGAUUGCAUCUAUUUGAAUGAGUACCUUUACGAUUUAAAUUUUUUCUUUUUUUUCCAUCAUUUCGUGUCAUGUUUGAUUCAAAGAAUUGGGAGUUUGUCUGAUGGUCCCUUCUGCCAGCGUAGUUACUACUCCAUAUCGUUCUUAAUAGAUACCCUUCUGUGCGCGUACUGCAUCAUGGAGGAGGUCGCGAAGACGAUGGAAAUGACACCCUCUUGGGGCGCAACGACAGAUGAAGCAGAUAAAGCAGAUCAGGCAGAUAAUCCAGAUGGCCCAGAUAUGAUGGCAGAACCCCCACGUGCAGCAGCAAAAAGGAGCCUGCAAAAACUGAAUGAACGACUGAGGUGUACACUGAACGAAAUGGCACAAAAGGAAGAGAGGUACCUUUUCCCGCGGCCGACAGAGAAAAACCUUAUCGCAGGGGAGAUGUCCAAGAGAGAUAGAUUUUCCUUUAGAUACUAUGUUGGGCAUGAAGGGAAAUUCGGCCAUGAGUUCCUCGAGUUUGAAUUCAACUCCAAGGGGAGAUUAAGAUAUGCCAACAACUCCAAUUAUAAAAAUGACAAAAUUAUUAGGAAGGAGGCCUACGUGAGCAAGUCCGUGCUGAAUGAGCUAAAACGCAUAAUUGAAGAAUCAGAAAUUUGCAAAGAAAGCGAUAAGUUAUGGCCUGCCCCGGACAAAGUAGGAAAACAAGAACUAGAAAUUUUCUUAGAUGGGAAUGAAUAUUAUUUUACGACAUCUAAAAUUGGAUCUCUUUCUGAUCUGAAACAGUGUGAUGACCCAGAGGGUCUCAGAGUGUUCUACUACCUCGUGCAGGACUUGAAAUGUUUCGUGUUCUCUCUCAUUUGCUUGCACUUUAGGAUUAAGCCUGUGUGAAGUGAUUCCCAGGGUAGUUCCAAUACCCUUUGUAUACCAGCACAACGGAAUGCUUUGUUAAAACCUUUUUUUUUUUUACUCUUUUUUUAAGUUAAAAAAAAGAGGUAAUAAUGUCUGUGCAUAUGUGUCUGCAUAUACAUAGGAAAGACGUUCCUGUGUGCAUAAUGCCAAAGAAACGUUUAA